AUGUCUGUUACUAUCACUGAAAGAAUCACCACUGUGCUGAGACACUAUGAAGUGGACCUCGUGUUUGGGAUAGUAGGGAUCCCUAUUGUGACGCUUGCCAACGAGUUCAUUACCCAUGGGAUCAGGUUUGUGUCCUGUAGGAAUGAGCAGUCCGCUUCGUACGCUGCGUCUGCGUAUGGUUACUUAACUGGGAAACCCGGUGUGUUGCUCGUUGUUGGGGGCCCCGGGUUGAUCCACUCGCUCGCCGGAGUGUAUAACUCCAUCAACAACAGGUGGCCCCUCAUCGUCCUCGCCGGCAGUAACGACCACGGCCACGACCAGUACAGGGGAGCAUUCCAAGAACUGGACCAAAUUUCACUGUUGAAACCGUACGUCAAGUUCAGUGGUAAGCUCACCGAGGGGAACGUCGACCACGUCCUGUUCAGCGCGUACAAUAUUGCGCUCCAGGGGACGAAGGGAGUCACGUACGUCGAUAUCCCCGGUAAUCUGAUCGAGACUCAAGCGGUCUGUGCCGGGACUCCCGGGUUGCUACCGCCCGUGCCGCAGCCCAUAAAGUGUUCUCCGGACCCGCAUACGGUCAAGAGAGUAGCGAGUUUGAUACUGGAGAACCGGGACAAGAAGGUGUUGGUGGUUGUUGGGAAGGGUUCGCAGGGUGCAUUUGCCGCAGUACGGCGGUUCAUCGAUGAGUUCAAUUUCCCGUUCCUUCCAACACCGAUGGGCAAGGGUGUUGUCCCUGAUGAGCACGAGUUGAACGUCUCUAGUGCUCGGUCGUACGCUUUGGCGCACGCGGGCAUCGUGUUGAUCAUGGGUGCGAGACUGAACUGGAUCCUGCACUACGCGGGACCGCCCAAGUGGAACCCGAACGCGGUGUUCAUACAGUGCGACAGCAACGGCGAGACAUUGGGCCAGAACAACCAGUACCACGCGGGCCUCUCCCUCUUCGGGGACAUCGAGUACACAGUGGAGGCACUCUCCAACGAACUACGGUCCGCUGGUGGGGGGGACUACCGCUACGGAGGGUUGUCUUCCAGCAUACAAGAGAAGAUCCACAAGAACGAGCAGCGGUUGCGGGAUUCAGAACACGCCGUUCCCGAGGAGUCCUCACCGCCCCAUGUACUCAACUACAACCGUGUGUACGGGAUAAUCAGACCGCUUCUGGAGCAAGACCGUACUGUUCUCGUCACUGAGGGCGCCAACACGAUGGACAAGGCGCGGGUGUCGUUCCCCGCGUCUACACCCUUUUCGAGGCUCGACGCGGGGACCAACGCGACGAUGGGUGUUGGUCUCGGGUACGCAAUGGCCGCGAAGCUGUCUUCUGGCGCGGCAAGGGACGUCGUGCUGAUCCAGGGCGACUCUGCGUUCGGUUUCUCCGGGAUGGAGCUCGAAACGCUCGUGCGGUUCCAGGUGGGCGUCGUCGUGAUGAUCAUGAACAAUUCCGGGAUAUACCACGGGAACGGCGUUGGAUUGUCUACGAAACUGAGCGAGCAGUGCCGGUACGACGUCAUGGCGCGCGGGCUCGGGUGCCGGGCGCACCUGGUGACUACCGGCGAGGAGCUUACGUCCCGGUUCACCCAGGCACUACGCGAUGCAAGAGCCAACAUCACAACGGUGCUGAACGUGAUUAUCGAGCACGGGUCCAGCACACAAGUCGCAUUCGCCUGGCAGAACAAGCCCCGGAUGUGA